AGCCUCCUCAUUCAUUAUCUUUCACAUGGUCUCUUAUCAUUGCAGCCCCUAGAAAAUGCCUCAGAACGAGUACAUCGAGCGUCACCGUAAGCUGUACGGUCGGCGUCUCGAUUAUGAGGAACGAAAGCGAAAACGAGAGGCUCGUGAGCCCCACAAAAGGGCCCAUCAAGCCCGCACCCUCCGGGGUAUCAAAGCCAAGAUAUUCAACAAGGAGAGACGAAACGAGAAGAUCCAGAUGAAGAAGAAGAUAAAGGCUCACGAGGAGAAGAAGGUGAAGGAGAAGAGCGAGGGUGCACCCGAGGGAGCUCUCCCUGUCUAUCUACUCGAUCGAGAUGUCACCCAGAGGUCCAAGGUCCUCUCCAACAUGAUCAAGCAGAAGAGGAAGGAGAAGGCGGGCAAGUGGGAUGUGCCUAUACCCAAAGUCAAGGCUCAGUCCGAGUCUGAAGUAUUCAAGGUUGUCAAGACUGGAAAGUCUAGGAGAAAGUCGUGGAAGAGGAUGGUGACGAAGGUGACGUAUGUUGGGGAAAAUUUCACCAGGAAACCACCGAAAUUCGAGAGAUUCAUCAGGCCUAUGGCUUUGAGAUUCAAGAAGGCACAUGUCACUCAUCCUGAACUCAAGGCCACCUUUUGUCUACCUAUUAUUGGAGUUAAGAAGAAUCCCAGCUCGGCCAUGUACACGUCAUUGGGUGUUAUCACCAAGGGUACUGUCAUCGAGGUCAAUAUCUCGGAGCUCGGUCUUGUCACGCAGUCGGGGAAGGUCGUUUGGGGAAAAUUCGCCCAAGUUACCAAUAAUCCGGAGAAUGAUGGGUGUAUCAAUGCAGUUUUACUUGUUUAGUGAUAAGAAUUUUUAUUGUCAUGGUUUGGAAAUAAAGAGGAAUUUUUUUCACAUGA